CCCCAUUCGUGAAUGUUGUUCAUACAGGCUGUGUAACAACUGCUCUUCCGUCCAGAAUUCUUCAUGUCUGAGUGAUCCGGUUCCGUCUUCAGAUGAACAUGAUGCUCAGUCCGGAUCAGGUGUCCUUCAUAGGACUGGCGUUUCAGACUUAUGUGAUGGAGCACCACAAGAAUGACAUCCUACAGAUCUUCCAGGAGGCCAGUGAAGAUGCUCACUAUCCUGUUGUAGUGAAUGCCAUGACCUUAUUUGAGGAUAAUAUGGAGGUUGGAGAGUGUUUCAAUGCAUUCCCCAACCAGGUGCUGCUUAUAUUUGACAAUGCCCUGCACAGAGUGGCCCAGACCAUAUCUCAGUCGUCUUCCUCACCGCAGGAGAGUUUCAAACUCAAACACAAUCUGCAUGUUCGUAUAUCAGGUUUACCUAUGUGUCCCGAGCUGACCAGAGAUCACAUUCCUAAAGCUAGAGAUGUUGGCCACUUCCUGUCCGUCACGGGCACGGUCAUCCGCACCAGUGUGACCAAAGUGCUGGAGUAUGAGAGAGACUACAUGUGCAAUAAAUGCAGGCACGUGUUCUCCGUGCAGGCUUCUUUUGAGCAGUUUUACACCUUCACUCCACCCACCAGCUGCCCCAAUGAGGAUGGAUGUAAUUCUUUCAAAUUCACCUGCCUGUCAGGAAGUGACGCCCCUCCGGGCGCCUGCAAGGACUACCAGGAGAUCAAAAUCCAAGAGCAGGUACAGAAACUGUCAGUUGGCAGUAUCCCUCGAUCCAUGCUCAUUAUCCUGGAGGACGAUCUUGUGGACCGCUGCAAAUCAGGCGAUGACAUCACAGUGUAUGGAGUGGUGUGUCAGCGCUGGAAGCCGAUGUUUCUGGAUUGCCGCUGUGAUGUGGAGAUUGUGCUGAAAGCAAACUAUAUCGAGGUCAAUAAUGAGCAAUCCACCACAACACUGGUGCUAGAAGACAUUCAGAAGGAGUUUGAAGAUUUCUGGGACAGUCACAAACAUGACCCCAUUGCUGGCAGGAAUGAGAUCUUGAUGAGUCUUUGCCCUCAGGUGUUCGGCAUGUACAUCGUCAAGCUGGCUGUUGCUAUGGUUUUGGCAGGUGGGGUACAGAGAAUAGAUGCGUCUGGAACCAAGGUGAGAGGAGAGUCUCAUCUGUUGCUCGUGGGCGAUCCAGGCACGGGGAAGUCACAGUUUCUGAAGUACGCGGCUAAGAUUACACCACGCUCUGUGCUCACCGCAGGAAUCGGAUCUACUAAUGCAGGUCUGACAGUGGCGGCUGUCAAGGACUCUGGUGAGUGGCACUUGGAGGCUGGAGCCCUCGUUCUCUCUGAUGGAGGCCUGUGCUGCAUCGAUGAAUUCAACAGCAUCAAAGAGCAUGACCGCACUAGCAUCCAUGAGGCCAUGGAGCAACAAACCAUCAGCGUGGCCAAAGCUGGAAUGGUGUGCAAACUGGACACAAGGACCACCAUCCUGGCAGCUACUAACCCAAAGGGGCAGUAUGACCCUAAUGUGUCAGUUUCUGUGAAUGUGGCCCUCGCCAGCCCCCUGCUGAGCCGCUUUGACCUCGUACUGGUUCUGCUGGAUACUAAAAACCCAGAAUGGGACAAAAUAAUCUCCUCCUUCAUCCUACAGAAUAAAGGAGCGCCGAGUGAGUCUUCAUGUUUAUGGAGUAUGGAGAAGAUGAGGGCCUAUUUCUGCCUGCUCAAGACUCUUAAGCCUUGUAUGACACAGGAAGCAAACACCAUCCUGAGCCGCUACUAUCAGCUGCAGAGACAGAGUGACAGCCGUAACGCCGCCCGGACGACCAUCCGCAUGCUGGAGAGUCUCAGCCGUCUCUCUGAGGCUCAUGCCAGGUUGAUGUUCAGAGAGAUGGUGACAGUAGAGGACGCAGUUGUUGUGGUGUCCGUUAUGGAGUGCUCCAUGCAGGGAGGCGCCCUACUUGGAAAUGUGAAUGCUCUGCACACCUCUUUUCCUGAUGACCCCUAUGAACAGUAUAAAACACAGUGUGAGAUUGUGCUUGAGAGGCUGGAAUUGACUGAUAUCCUACGCAAAGAACUGCAAAGACUUUCAAGGCUAAAGAACAGAAGACCGGACUCCCUUAAAGUGACCGAACCACGUAGUGACCACACUAGUGAGUGUCCAAAUGGUCAGAAUCACAGUAAUGUUGAGGUGACCACUGAUUCAGACCCUAGUCUGGACUGGUUCCACUCCUUAUCCAGCCCGACUUGUACCGGCUCCGUCGUUCACACCUCCCCCGUCAUUACUUCCACACAGAACGCCACCACGACACCGGGCACGACUGUGUUGCCUAGCAACAGCCAUUCCAUACGCCACAAGGGUUCUGUGUGGGAGAAGGAUGAGGAUUCAUCCGUGGUUGAGGCUGUUGUGCAAAGGGGCUCCAAAAAGCUCAGAGCAAAACGGCUGAAAGAGAUGAAAGCAUCCCUCCUGCUGAACGAGGAACGAGUUUUAGGAGAGACAAGCGACGAUUUAGAGAUGUUCUCCCACAGUACACCCAAGACAGGGAAGAAAUCGACAAAAAGGAAAAACACAGCCAUCAGUCCUCCAGACAUAGACCAGGAGGCCGAUUUCAGAGCCGAGAAUGGAGAGGAUUUACAGAGCAAACUCACAAACUUCACAUUCAAGGCCAGAGAGAGAAUGACUCAUGCUGAUCAGUCGGUUGCGAAAGCAAGUGCCAAAGUGGCGGUGCAUGAGGUGGCGAAACCUACUGUACCUCAGAAGCCAGAAAAACGGGCCCAAAGAGGGAAUCAAUCAAGCUCACGUCCUCCAGCAGAGGGCAGCAGAGCUACUAAGAAACUCCGGCUAGGAAGUCACAAUAAAACCAAAGAAGUUUCCUCUGAGGUCUUGAAUGAUGAGAGCACAGCUCAGAAAGGGACGUCUGAGGACACCGAACAUCAACAACAGCUGCUGUCCAGACUGAACAGCCUCUCUCCGGGUGAGAAUAAUGGCAACACUAAUAAACACCCACAAUCCCCACAAAGGACAGACCACCCAAAGGUGAAGGUGGCUAGUUCAACUCUGGCCAAACUUUCCAAAUUCUCUUUUACGGGCUCAUCUGAGGAAAAGACCAGAGAUAAAAUAAUCCCAGCUACACAAAUGGCCAUAAACGGCAGUACAAGCAAAGUGCCAAUGAACCUUCUUUCUGAAGAGCAGGAGAGCACAAGCACACAGACCAGAAAAAAUAUAACCACAGAUGCGAAGACCACCACAAUGCAGACGGGCAACAUGAGGACAGAACCUUCCGAUAGACAGGAAGACUCCGGAGAGAACGCUACAAAGAAGAGGAGAUGUUUUGAAUUGGGCUCCGCAGGACUCCUCAAAGGUUUUUCACUGUUCAGCUCAUCGGUCAUAGACGAUGAAGAUCUAGACGCUGACUGGAACUGAUGUAGCAGGAGCCAUUUGUUGAGUGUGUUAGCAGUAUAUGUCAUUUUUGUUUAUUUUUUUCAUUUAAAUGCAGUGUGGUGUGUUUUAAUGACUGCCAAACAGAUUCUGAUGUCAGUAAAGAGAGUCUCUAUUUGCACUUUUGCUUUCAUUUUAGUAAAUGUCAAUUAAA